AUGUCAAAAACAAUAUUGUUGAUAUUACUCGCGACUCUGCUUCAUUCUUGUGUUGCACGACCUGUCGUCCGAAGCAUCCGUUCGGCACACGAAUUCGAUCGUUUAUUGAAUAAACAUGCUACUGAAACUGGACUGCCAGUUGUUGUUGAUUUCUAUAGUGAUGGGUGCGGUCCAUGUCGCAUGAUGGCUCCUAUAUUUAAAAAGGUAGCAGCAGACUAUGUAGAUAAGGCUGUGUUUGUUAAGGUGGACACAAACGCCCAGUAUGAAUUGAGCUCGCGUUAUCAGAUUAGAUCGUUACCCACAUUUCAGUGGUUCAUUGGGGGUAAGAGAUCCGAUGAGGCCAAGGGUGGUAUUGGUGAAGGCCCGUUGCGGCAAAUGACGGAUAAGGCAAUAAGACAAGCGGAAAUCGAGAACGUUGAAUUGGAACUGAACCACUUGGUCUCUUAUUUUUCGGAAGUCAAUCCAGAAAAGACAGAGGCCGACGUAGAAAAUGUUUACAACAAAUGCGUCGAGAUGAACAAGGAGUCCAGCCGGUGCCAAGGAAGUGCAGCCAACAACCUCUUGCGAAAGCUGCGAAAGAAAUAUAAGAAGUCACCCAAAACAACUGCUCUCUUCAGCGCCAAAGAAAGACAAUCGAAGGAAUCACACGAUACGAAACCAACCCAAAAGUCGAAGGAUAAGCCCACUUCACGUGCAGGUCCAAACCUUCACCUAGCAACCAAAGAACAGUUGCGAGAAGAACUGGAAAAGAGAUUGGACGAAGAAAGAGAUGCCCAAGUAGAAAAUGAGACUGACGAAGACGAAGAAGCACUGGAUCAGCAUUAUAGUUGGGUACCAGGUCCCUUCCCUGAGCGUGUCACGAUUGUUGGAGGAGGACCUGCGGGACUUGCAGCAGCGGUGUACGCCGCACGCGCGGGAUUGAAACCUUUGGUCAUUGCUCCCAGUAUGGGCGGUCAGCUACAGGGAAAGGGAGUAGACGUUGAAAACUAUCCUGGGUUGCACAAUGUUACUGGUCCUGCAGUUAUCUCGGCAAUGAGAGAGCAGGCGGCGUUCUUUGGAACCGUCUUCGAGGAGGACAUGGUUCUGAAAAUCGACGCUUCUCAACGACCACUACGAGUUUUCACUAAUUCCACUGGAGCUAUUGAAACUCAUUCCAUUAUUGUUGCCACUGGUGCCGAUAGUAGAUGGCUCGGGAUUGAAGGGGAAUACGACCUUCGUGGUGGCGGAGUAAGCUCUUGCGCAACCUGUGACGGAUUCUUGUACUCUGGGAAACAUGUGGUGGUCGUGGGAGGUGGAGAUGCAGCUGCUGAAGAUGCUAUGCACUUGGCUCGUUUUGCGAAGGUGACGGUAGUUCACCGCCGCGAUUCCUUCAGAGCAUCCAAAGUCCUAGCAGACCGCGUUAAGAAUCAUCCUAAUAUCAAGAUCAAAUGGAAUACUGUUGUCGACAAGAUUGUUGGGAAGGCCAUUGAUCAAAAUGAGGGCGAGGACGUUGAACUUGCCAAGGUUGUGACUGGUGCUCUUUUGCGAAACGUGGAAUCACAGGAGUUGGACGAAAUCAGCUGUGAUGCAGUUUUCAUCGCGAUUGGCCACACCCCAAACACUGGCUUUUUGCAAGGUGUCGUCGAGUUCGAUCCCGAACACGACGGAUACGUCAAGACUGUUGGUCCGAGUACAAAGACAUCUGUAGCGGGGAUAUUUGCGGCUGGAGAUGUAUCCGAUGCUGUCUACCGACAAGCGAUUACUUCAGCAGGGAGUGGAGCUGCUGCAGCAUUGGAUGCAGAGCGUUGGUUGAGUGAAGAGGGACUUGGAAACGAAGCUGCUGAGUUCGAGGCUGAGCUCUUGGCCGAAAUUAUGGACAAUUCCAGUGAUCAUGCCGAAGCUGCAAGUGGCUAUAACGCGUACGAGGAUGCAGGAGGUCGAAUGAGUGGAAUGAAAGAAACUGUCACUUCUGAGUUAUAA